AUGUCGAGACCGCAUGUCGAGGCAGCUUCGAAAGCCAUUGGCGAUACUUUGCUGGGGGCAGGAUUCGAUAUUUUGAAGUCAAAAGCUGGAGAUCAACAUCCAGCAGGGCCACCUCAACAUGGUGCCAUGGGACAGGCUGAGAGAGCCUUCUCUGCUGCAUCAACCUUCCUUUCAGGAGUUUUGGCUAUAAGCGCUUCGCAAUUCAUUGGUGCUCCGUUGAAGCUCAUUGAUCCUAAGUUCUACGAUGGAUACAUGGCAUGGACUAAAGAGUCUUUUGCUGUCCUUACUGCGACCAUGACUCAAUGGUGGGCGCCUACUGCUGUCAGAGUCACUGGAGACGAGAGUAUGAAGGAUCAACUAUAUCAGAUGGAAGAUGGAAGUCUUCGAUGCAACUUUCCUCACAGACUUGUCAUGAUGGCCAACCAUCAGCUUUAUACGGACUGGCUAUACCUCUGGUGGAUUGCAUACACCAACAAGAUGCAUGGACGAAUUUAUAUCAUCUUGAAAGAAUCUCUGAAGAACGUCCCCAUCUUCGGUUGGGGUGCCCAGUUCUACAACUUCAUCUUCUUGUCACGAAAAUGGGAGACGGACAAGAGUCGUUUCCAACGGCAUCUGAGCCAACUCAGUAAUCCCAAAGACCCUAUGUGGCUGCUGAUAUUCCCAGAAGGCACAAACUUGAGCGAAACUACUCGGGCGAAAAGCAAGGCCUGGGCAGACAAACAAGGUAUCAGCGAUAUGAAGCAUCAACUGUUGCCUCGCAAAACCGGACUGCAAUUCUGUCUUCAGCGUCUAAAGGAGUCAACAAAUUGGUUAUACGACUGUACAAUUGCUUACGAGGGUGUUCCGGAAGGUCAAUUCGGACAGGACAUAUUCACACUUCGAUCUUCAUUCUUCGAGGGUCGUCCACCCAAGUCAGUCAAUAUGUACUGGAGACGGUUCAAGAUCAGCGAUAUCCCAAUCGACAACGACGAAGCCUUUGAGAGAUGGCUCAAGAACCGCUGGACCGAGAAAGACUACCUGCUGGAGCACUUCUACCGCCAUGGCUCAUUCCCUGCC